CCAACCUCCUCCGCUCUCCGCCACUCUCAGCUUUCCCUUGCCUCGACGGUAACCUCAAAAGAAAGCAGGAAAAAAACCUGGAACCAUCCGGCCUUCCACAAUCCAGAUUUGGAUGCGUUGCAUUUUAACGCCGAUCCUCUCCUCCGUAUCUAAAAAAUGGCCGACGUCGCUGAUGACGAAUCCCUGUCCUCGUCGCCGCCGCCUUUUCAUUCUCCAUCGAGACAGGUUAUGGCUUCGUACCGCCGGCCGGUGGUGAUCCGAUCUGUUUGGGCCGAUAAUCUGGAGUUGGAGUUUGCUCUGAUCCGCACUGUCGUCGAGGAUUACCCGCUGAUUUCGAUGGACACCGAGUUCCCCGGCGUGGUGAUGCGGCCGCCUGGUGUGGAGCAGAGUUACCGGCUUCAGGAUCCGACGGCGCGGUACGCGAGCCUUAAGGCCAACGUUGACAUGCUGAAACUGAUCCAGGUAGGGCUUACGAUCGCUGAUCGGGAGGGCAAUCUGCCGGAUCUCGGCACCGGGAUUACUUUCUUCAUUUGGGAAUUCAAUUUCAAGGAUUUUGACGUGACCCGCGACUCGCACGCUCAUGACUCCGUCGAUCUCUUGAGAAGGCAAGGGAUCGACUUCGAGAAGAACACCAAGGACGGUAUCGAGGCAGUGAAAUUCGCCGAGGUGAUGAUUUCUUCGGGCCUCGUGUUAAAUGAUUCAGUUAGUUGGGUGACUUUUCACAGCGCUUAUGAUUUCGGUUACUUGGUCAAGUGUUUGACCCAGCGCCCAUUGCCGGAUAGGUUAACCGAGUUUCUGGACAUAGUGAGGAUGCUCUUUGGCGAUAGGGUUUAUGACAUCAAACAUCUGAUGAGGUUUGUGGCGAAUUUGUUUGGAGGUCUGGACAGGACAUGUAAGACUUUGGGCGUGGAAAGGGUUACUGGUAAGAGUCACCAAGCUGGCUCGGAUAGUUUGGCCACGCUCCACGCAUUUCAGAAAAUGAGGGAGAAGCACUUCAACAAUAGGGAGGAUGGAGCUGUGGAGAAGUACGCCAAUGUCUUAUAUGGGUUAGAGCUGUUACCGUCAUAAAAUCAUGUUGGUUCCAGCUGAUUUCAUUUGUAGAGAUGCGACUUUCUGGCUUAGAAAGGGAGGUUUUUCUUUUCCUGUAUACAUUUUGAAGUUUUUCUUCAAGAUAUCAAUGUUAGUUAUCGAUUUAAUUCACUGAGUUUCAGAAUAUACCUAUACCUUUCUCCAUGUGAUUGAGUAUCAACUGUCUGCACACAUAGCUUCGUGAUGAUUAGUGUUCUUUAAUAGGCCUUGCUGGUGUUAUGAAGAAGUGUGCAAUUAUGGUGGACUGCAGCUUAGUUUGGUUUCUUCAAUAUGUUCAAGUUUCACAUGUACUUCUUCACCUCUAGAGGAUGAAGUGCUGGAUUAGGCAUAGUUUAGGUGAAUUGUGUUAUGAACCAAAUUAUGGUUCAAUUUGCUUUGAGAGUUACUAUUCUGCACUGCUGCAUAUGAGUGUGAUGUAGAAUGGAUAAUCUUGCACCCCUGUUAUAUUGUUUCACUGUGGCUGUUAAUAAGGGGGAAGGGUUAAUUUAUUCCAGUGAUCAUUUGGGCGACCUGAUACAGGCUGACCCAUAGAUCUUGCCUGUUUAUUGAACUAACUUAUUUUGCUUUUAUGAUCAGAAGUAAUAGUUAGUCCAUCUCAUUUCAAGUCCCAGGCGGAGAAUGAAGAAAUGUGUGAAUG